UUAUGAGGUCUUCUCCUAACCCAGGCAGCAGAACGGACGACUGGAGAAGAACCUGGGCAGGUUUUCCUUUGUACAUCCAUCAACUAGAGAAAUCAGGCAGGAACCAGGAAGGCUUCCACCUGUUUACACACUGUUAGAACCAACACCAUGUCAGCUGCCUCUCAGCCGGGUCAUGUGACCUGGGGGCUAAAAUUACCCAGCAGAUCUGACGUCAGUUUACAGCAGCAUGGAGGACGGCCGCAGGGCUCCAAGCAUCCUCAGUGGGGCAUAAGGCUGAAGAUCAAAGGUCAAAGCUCGUCCUACCGGUCAUCCUGUGCACUUUGACAUCACCUGGCUGUCAUGGUGGGCGUGGUGGCGUGCAGCUCCAUGAGCUCCAUCAAAGCUCUGUGGGAGACCCGGAUCAAGAAAGGAAGGGAGGAGGAGGAGCAGAGGAGGACGACGUCCAGGGGCGGGACCACAGGCAGACUUAGUGUUCGGGUCUGGGAGGACCGGGCGGUUCUGGCUCGGCUGAAGGAAAAGCUACAGAUGGAAGAUGGAAGACUGGUUCUCCGAAUUGAACAAGAGGAGUGGAAGAUCUUGCCAGGGUGCCUGAUCCAAUUCAAUCAGGCCCAGGAGUGGCAGAUCCAUAAGACUGGCCUGCUGAAGAUUCCUCAUUUCAUCUCCAACUUCCAGAACCUUCUGGUUCUGGAUCUUUCCCGCAAUGCAGUCGCAGAGGUCCCGAAACAGAUUGGGACGUUGACCCGGCUCAGAGAACUGCUGCUGAGCUACAACAGAAUCCAGUUUGUCCCUGAAGAACUGAGUGGAUGUGAGAGUCUGGAGAAACUGGAGCUGGCUAUGAACCGGAACCUUAAUGAGCUCCCAGACCAGCUGAGGAACCUGACGAGGCUGCAGCAUUUGGACCUGUCCAUGAACGACUUCAGCUUGUUUCCAGAUUGUGUGGUUGCCAUGCCAGGGCUGCAGUGGCUCGACAUGGGAGGGAACCGCCUUCAGCUCCUACCUGAUGAUAUCCACAGGAUGGAGAAGCUGCACACGCUGUGGCUUCAGAGAAAUGAUCUGGAGAAACUUCCAGAAAACAUCAGCCGGAUGUCGAGUCUGGACACGCUGGUCCUCAGCAGCAACAGGCUGAGAGACAUCCCUUCACUGAUGGAGGACAUGACCAACCUCAGGUUUGUGAAUUUCAGAGAUAACCCCCUGACCAUGGAUGUGACUCUGCCUCCGAGGAAGAAGGUGGCUGAGGAUGACGAGGACGACAGAGAGAUGUUUGGACGGGAGUUCAUGCAGAUGUACAUCCAGGAGGCCAGGAAGAGAUCGUAUGCUGUGCUCAACAUGCACUGUGUCAACCAGAUUGAUGAAGACUCAGCUGAUAAAUAACCCAGCCCUCCUUGGUUCUGGACUCCUUGGUUCCUCUUGGCUGUACAGCUGCAGAAUUUUACAAGCUUUACAAACCAGGACAUGAAGGAGGACUCAGAUCUACUGACAUUAUUUCCAGCUGUGAGAACAUCCUUCACACCCAUCCACUGAUUACAGUGUACUGGGUCAGAACCAGAAAACACUUUGGAUCAAGAAACACGCAGCAGACAAUUACAAAACCAUUAAUAUUUAUCUGAUGAAGAGUUAAUUUUUAUUAAAACAGAUUUUAUAUAAA